GCUGGGGGUGGGUGGGGUGUUCCCCCUUUGUGAUGCUACCCCAGAACCCCAUUCCCAUGGCAGCCAGAGACACGGGAUGAUUCUCUCCCCACUGGCUUUCCCUUCUUGGAUUCUUCCUGAAUAUUUGAACGCUCACAAGCACUGUUGAUCUACCAAGAUUUUCAGGAGACCAUAAAUCACCCUAAAUAGCCCAAGCCUGUGGGAGUUCCUUGUCUUUGGCCUGGAAUCUGCCAAGGCAGCUCAUGAAAGCUGAUGACCUUCCAGGAGGAUAAAACCACAUCCCUGUCACCCAGCCCGGGAGUCUCGGAUCACAUCCUGCUGAGCGCAGAAAGUCCUGAAGGCUUCAGUACCAACCUCCUGCUUUGCAAUGAGCCAUUCCCAGGUUCCCUGGUGCUGGAUCUCGCAUACCUGCCCUACUACAGAACAUCUGAUGUCUGUAUCAGCCCAUCUUCCUGCUCUGCAUCAUCACACACCCUCACAGAAGCAGAAGAAAGCUCCGAGGAAGGCAAGGCUGACACCAAGCAGGAUGAGAAAAGCAUCCCACCAAGUCUGGAGUUGAGCAAGAGGACAGUUUCUCCUCCAACCCACGGAAAGAAACCAUCCCAACAGCUCCCAUCAGGAGCCAGCAGCUCUGAACUCUGCCCGCCCUCCUCCCCCAGCAGGCUCCCACCCCUGAGCCAGCCCCGUCCCCCCAGCGGGUACUUCCCUUACUACAGGACAGAGGGAGAGAUCUGCACUGGCCCAGCUCAUGGAAAUGGGACCUUCACUGGGACAGAAGGUCCGGAGACCAAGGAGGGAAGGCAGAGGGGAGGAGCAGGUUUUUGGAGUCUCAGUGCCAGCUGCUCGGUGUGCUGAGAAGAAAGCAGGGGUGUUGUGGACAACAUGAAAAUCUGCAUGAAUAUGAAA